UGCUAAGGAGGCAUGGAGACAGAGAAAUGGAUGGAGGGACAGAGGGGAAAGGCCUGAGGUGUUGUUGGGAGGAAAUCUUAAAGUGUGACAAACCGUUAAUCUGUGACCAACAUAACAUUUGUAAGCUUUUUUAAAAAAAUAUUUUGCAUUUUAGCUAUUAUUAUCUGAACUUCAACUAACGUUAAACUAUUUGUGUGUUCCCUAUAGAAACAGUAUUUUUUUAAAAUGCCACAGGUAGUUUAAAUGCUUUAUUUUUCUUGUGUGACCAAUGUAACAGUUUUGCAAAAUGGAUAAUUUAUCUGUAACUUGGCUCAUUGUUUUCUCUAAACCUAUGAAUGAAACAAUUCACCUGCAGCAAUAAGAGCGUAUGCUUCAUUACUUACGGUAAUGUUUAUUGGAAAUCGUAGGAAAAAGGGUUUCCUGGCAAAUGACCUGCAGCCAUCAGAACAGGACAAUUCACUGCUAGGCACCCACAAAUAAAUGCCUCCAAAUAAAUUGCGCAGGACAUUUAGCUAUGUAUUCACAAGUUGAAGUUGGAAUCAAGUCCAAAUUGGAAGCUGUAGCUCCAAUGGGAAUUUACACUUAACCAUAGACAUCACCCUUAUGAGUUGUUUCGUUUCAAGCCAGCAUCAUUUGCAGGGCAGGCAAAAGUCCCUUUUUAAGCAGAGGAUUUUAUACUAAUCAACAUCAUAGCAUAUCACCUGGCGAACAAUUUUUAUUUUCCAUUUCCCAGUCUCAAACUCUGCACAGUUCCCAGGUGACACCAGAACUUCAGUGGCCAUUUCUGCUUCUUUCAGGGUGAUCACAUUGCCCACUGGGACAUUAUUCCCUGUCUUUGUACUGUUUUGCUUUAAAUGAUGUUAAGAAGUAAUUUACACCUUGUGUUCAAGACUGCCUUCAACUUUUUGCAGGGUUGUAACCGUUCCCAGAGGCAAGGCGAGAAACCUUCAGCUCGAGGGAACAAGAUGCCUACUGCUACGAGCACAGCAGACUUCUACGAAGAUGUAACAGCCACAGAAUACGUUUAUGAUGAAACAGCAGAACCAUGCCAAAGUGCCCGUGUUAAUGAAUUUGCUUCCCAGUUCCUGCCACCGCUUUACUCUUUGGUGCUCAUAUUUGGCUUGCUGGGCAACUCACUGGUGGUGCUGAUCCUGAUCAGAUACAAGAAGCUCAAGAGCAUGACUGAUAUCUACCUGCUCAAUUUAGCCAUCUCGGACCUGCUUUUCAUCUUCACACUCCCAUUUUGGGCUUAUUACGCAGCGCACGAGUGGGUAUUUGGAGAUGCAAUGUGCAAAAUUCUCUCUGGGAUCUAUUACGUAGGCUUCUACAGCGGAAGUUUUUUCAUCAUCCUUUUGACCAUCGAUCGAUAUCUAGCCAUCGUCCAUGCCGUGUUUGCAUUAAAAGCCCGGACAGUUACCUAUGGCAUCCUCACAAGCGUUGUCAUGUGGGGCGUAGCACUCCUAGCCUCUGUGCCGGUAAUGGUCUUUAACAGGUUACAAAAGGAAGACAAUCGCUCAGUGUGCACUCCUCAUUUUUCUUAUGAAAAUCAGAUUAUCUGGAACCAGUUCUUUACACUGAAAAUGAACCUUAUAGGCCUGAUCUUCCCAAUGAUCGUCAUGACCUUCUGCUAUGCACAGAUCAUAAACACUCUAAUGAAAUGCAGGAAUGACAAGAAGAGCAAAGCGGUCCGGCUGAUUUUUAUCAUCAUGAUAGUUUACUUCAUUUUUUGGGCCCCAUACAACAUUGUUCUUCUGCUACAGACAUUCCAAGAUGCAUUUGAUCUCAGCAAUUGUGCCUCCAUUAGUAAUUUGGCUAUAGCAGCACAAGCGACAGAAACAAUAGCAAUGGCUCACUGCUGCAUCAAUCCUGUGAUCUACGCUUUUGCUGGCGAGAAGUUCAGAAAAUAUGUUUGCAGCCUUUUCCGAAAGCAUGUGGCUCUUCACCUUCCAAAAACAUGCCUCUCUCUGUAUACGGAGCCCCUGGAACGUGCCAGUUCCACAUACUCCCAGUCUACAGGGGAGCAUGACAUGUCGGCGGUGUUGUAGUGGCUUUCCAGAGAGAAAAAGUAAAAUUUACUUCUACCGGUGCAACUUACCAGAUCCAUUUGAGCUUUGCAGUCUAAACUCAGUUUAAAAGGGCUGAGUUGCUUCCGACAAAAGCCGCUUUUAUGGCAAGAGAGAAGAUCUGGGUCAGAUAUAUACUGUAAUUGCUUGGCUUACGUCAGCUCACAAGCUGAGUGAUAAAACAAAUGUUACAUGCAAGGACACUGGAGAUGUUAUGAACAUCACCAGGGGUUUAAUAUCAAGCACAUCUUACACGCUGCUCUCUGUUGCAUUUGAAAUGCAUGUGUGUCUUUUUUAAUGCAAAUGUAUCCCAAAUCUAAUCUUAUACGAAUGUAUGCACAAAUUAGCAUGCUAUAGUUCCUUGCAGAAGUGAGCCUAUUGCUCUGUCCUUAAGGACACUGAGCACCCUGCUCCCACACCCAGUUUGUUUUCUGCAAGGUCAUGCAUUAACAGACAAAAACCAUGUCUUCAUUUCACCACCUGCAGCUAGAAUGUUGGAAGGGAGCAAUGGCUAUCUAGCGCCUUCCUGCUUAACAUGAUCACCCACUUUCCGGUCCCCGACAGAUCAAACUAUGCAUCUAAACUAUGUUGCAUCUGAAGCAAAGGGAAGGUAGGUGCACUGGGAAAGCUGGUUGCAGAGUAAAUAGCAGUGCAAUUUCCUUCCCAGUUCCAACCAUGGCAAACUGAGCCAUUGGCAUGCAGACAACCUACCCGCCAUCUCUUCCCAAGGAAAUUAUACUGGGUGCAAGAUCGUUGCACUUAACAUCUGGUCUAAUGUUGGUUCGAGGCCUUGUACUGUUAUGAUACCACAAGCCUGAUUGGCAGUAGUUUUCCUUGACAGCUUCUGUGAAAAGA